AUGCAUGGUGCUACCAAGAAUCGCGUCAAUUGCGGCAACGGUGGAUGCAAAAAGCUGUCCAACGAAGACGUUGAACUCCUUACGAAGCUCGAGCCUCGUCAGCGCUGUAACUGGCGAAGCAACCGUGCCUAUAAAAAUGACUCGAUCGUUCAUGAACUCCGCUGCGAAAUUACUUCUGCCAUCGCCAGGCUCACAGCGGCUUCUGAGGACCAGCGCGUUGAGACUUCCCCGACUCCAACCGUCACUACAACUUCCCCAGACGGCCAGACAGAGACCAACGACCUGGCUAUCGAGAACCUACGGGUUCAGAUAGACAUAAGCAACUCACUCCGCGGGAUCUGGGAGACUCUACACAAUCGUGGUGUCAACUUCGGCCACCUCGGCGAUCAAUGGGAGCAGGAGCUUGGCCAUGCAACAAUACCUCCUCGUGUUGGUCCUGACACUCUACAUCCACGAUUCUAUGGUACCAUUCCUGCAACUUCAGCAGAUGCGGGAACUAGCAAUGACCCCAAGACUGGCAGCAAGCGAGCUGCUCCCAAUGGCGAUGGAAAGACCGUAGAUGGAGGGAAGAGGCCCAGGACCGAGUAG